UUGCAACAAGGUGGAUGUAAGUAGAGCAAGUGAUAAAGCGCCGCGCCGCCUCUCAUUACCGCCAAUCUUCAUCCCCGCGGCUGCUUCUGAACUUCCGUUCUUCAAGCGAAGGCAAAAACCCUAAUCCGUCUCUUUAUCAUCUUAGAUUAUCUGAUUAAGGACACCUAAAAGAUGACUGAGGUAGCGAGUAAAGUCGUCAAUGAGGUUCUAGGUCGAAGUGUUCUAGAUGUCGAUGAACCGAUCAUCAGUUAUAUCAUAAAUGUCCUCGCCGAUGAGGACUUCGACAUCGGUGAUGAUGGUGAAGGUGCUUUUGAAGCUCUUGGUGAGCUCAUGGUUGAUUCUUGCUGUGUAUCUGACUACUCCGAGUGCCGUUCGGUCUGUAGCAAAUUGUCUGAGAAAUUUGGGAAGCAUGGGCUAAUUAAACCUAAGCCAACAGUUAGGAGUCUUGCUGCUCCAGUAAGAAUGUUCGAUGGAAUGGAUGAUGAAGUGGUUACUAAGAAGAAGCCUGAGCCUGUUGAUGGGCCAUUACUGACUGAACGCGAUAAAAUAAAGAUUGAGAGGAGAAAGAGGAAGGAUGAUCGCCAAAGAGAGGCACAAUACCUAAUGCAUUUAGCAGAAAUGGAAGCAGUUAAGGCUGGUAUGCCUAUUGUUAAAGUUAACCAUGGUGAAGGGGCUGGUUCUAAGGACAUUCACAUGGAGAACUUCAAUAUCUCUGUGGGUGGUCGUGAGUUGAUAGUUGAUGGCUGUCUCACACUUUCAUUUGGGAGGCAUUAUGGACUUAUUGGAAGAAAUGGUACAGGGAAAACAACAUUUCUCAGGCACAUGGCCAUGCAUGCCAUUGACGGUAUCCCUAAUAGUUGUCAGAUAUUACAUGUUGAACAGGAAGUUGUUGGUGAUGAUACAUCAGCUUUGCAAUGUGUUCUACAUGCUGAUGUUGAAAGAACCCAGCUUUUGGAAGAAGAAUCUCGCCUACUAGCAUUACAGAGAGAUAUGGAGUUUGAGACUGAGACUGAAAAGAGUAACGGGCAUGUGAAUGGAGAGAUGGACAAAACUGCCAUCGGACAACGACUUGAAGAAAUCUAUAAGCGGUUUGAGGCCAUUGAUACUGACACAGCUGAGGCACGUGCAGCAUCCAUUCUUGCGGGUCUUAGUUUCUCUCAAGAAAUGCAGAAACAACCUACAAAAGCUUUUUCUGGAGGAUGGAGAAUGCGCAUUGCCCUUGCUCGUGCACUAUUUAUUGAACCCGAUUUGCUAUUAUUGGAUGAGCCUACGAAUCAUCUUGAUCUUCAUGCUGUUCUUUGGCUGGAGACGUACUUGGUGAAAUGGCCUAAAACGUUCAUUGUUGUUUCUCAUGCUAGGGAAUUCCUCAACACGGUUGUCACUGAUAUACUUCAUCUUCAAGGACAAAAACUGCUUGCAUACAAAGGAGAUUAUGACACAUUUGAAAGGACACGGGAGGAAAAUCUCAAGAACAAACAAAAAGCAUUUGAGGCAAAUGAGCGUUCUAGGGCCCAUAUGCAGUCUUUUAUUGACAAAUUCAGGUUUAACGCUAAGCGUGCAUCUCUUGUCCAAUCAAGGAUUAAGGCAUUGGAUCGUCUGGGACAUGUGGAUGAAGUGAUUAAUGACCCUGACUACAAGUUUGAAUUUCCCACUCCAGAUGACAGACCUGGUCCACCUAUAAUAAGCUUCAGUGACGCCUCAUUUGGAUAUCCUGGUGGACCUAUACUGUUUAAAAACUUGAAUUUUGGAAUAGAUCUUGACAGUCGCGUAGCUAUGGUUGGGCCAAAUGGUAUUGGAAAGUCAACCAUACUCAAGUUAAUUUCAGGAGAGCUUCAACCAAGCUCAGGCACUGUUUUCCGUUCAGCUAAGGUUCGUAUUGCUGUCUUUAGUCAGCAUCACGUGGAUGGGCUUGAUCUUACUUCAAAUCCUCUUCUAUAUAUGAUGCGAUGUUUUCCAGGAGUGCCAGAACAGAAGCUUCGAGGACACUUGGGUUCUUUUGGUAUAACUGGAAAUCUUGCUCUCCAGCCAAUGUACACACUUUCUGGGGGACAGAAAAGCAGGGUUGCAUUUUCAAAAAUUACUUUCAAGAAACCUCACAUUUUACUACUUGAUGAGCCGUCCAACCAUCUUGAUUUGGAUGCUGUGGAGGCAUUGAUUCAGGGUCUAGUUCUUUUCCAAGGAGGAGUUCUCAUGGUGAGUCACGACGAGCAUCUGAUAUCGGGAAGUGUCGAACAGCUGUGGGCUGUAACAGAUGGAAAAAUUGCCCCAUUUGAAGGGACAUUCCAUGACUACAAGAAACUUUUACAAUCAUCUUCUUAGAGAGCCAGCCAUUUCACGCCCUUUUUUACUCGGACUGCACAAUAACUGUGUUAGGGUAAGAAUUCGAGUCUUGAUCAUCUUUGGAUUUUUCUUUUAGGCAAGCAAACAAGGCUUUACAGAAACUAUACAAGUGACUGAAAUCACUGUGAAAUUUUAUUCAGGUAAUGUUUUAAUUCUCAUUUUUGUAUAAUUGAAUUAUGUUGGUUGGUGAAAACUGGCAAAUUUUGAAGUCAGUGGAUUUUUUAUUUUUAUUUGUUUGUAUUCUCUGUUGUUUGCUUUUAGAGCGUGGUCUAUUGAAUUGUUGAUUAAGUGAUAAACUGUGAUUGUGACAACUCUUAUCUUUGUUUAUCGAGUAGAUUUUAUUUGAU